UCCUGUUAGAUUUCUUCAUUCUUGUACGUCCGGAGGGUGGGGUUUAGUUGCAGAGGUUGGUGGUUGAGAAACUCGGCAGCUCUAUGACUUGGAACACACCAUUAAUGCUCUCGUCAAGAUAGCAUCAAAGAAAGGGGAGACGUCAAAGUGCUUGUUUGGUGGUGGUGACAGUCACAGGAGGAGAUCGGAGGGUUUUUGCGGACGCUGAGGGUGAUCGCAGAGUCUCGAGAUGGCAGCCAGUAAAAGCAAGAACCAGAGUUCCCUGGCCCUGCACAAGGUCAUCAUGGUGGGCAGUGGCGGUGUGGGCAAGUCCGCCCUCACGCUCCAGUUCAUGUAUGACGAGUUUGUGGAGGACUAUGAGCCCACUAAGGCGGACAGCUACAGGAAGAAAGUGGUUCUGGACGGGGAGGAGGUCCAGAUCGACAUCCUGGACACGGCGGGUCAGGAGGAUUACGCGGCCAUCAGGGACAACUACUUCCGCAGCGGAGAGGGCUUCCUGCUGGUGUUCUCCAUCACCGAGCACGAGUCCUUCACCGCCACCGCAGAGUUCAGGGAGCAGAUCCUGCGGGUGAAGGCUGAGGAGGAUAAGAUCCCGCUGCUGCUGGUGGGGAAUAAGUCGGACCUGGAGGACCGGCGGCAGGUGGCGGUGGACGAGGCGCGGGGCAAAGCCGAGGAGUGGAACGUGCAGUACGUGGAGACCUCCGCCAAAACACGCGCCAACGUCGACAAGGUGUUUUUCGACCUCAUGAGGGAGGUGCGGUCCAAAAAGAUGUCGGAAAACAAGGAUAAAAACGGCAAGGGAAAGAACAAGAAGAACAAGAAGAGCUUCAAGGAGAGAUGCUGUUUACUCUAAAGCCUCACCAUGGACCUUAGGACAACCCCCCCCCCCCCAAUUCAAUCACCACUGAGGAAUAAGCUCAACCACAGGGCCUGUUUCUUCUGUAAAGUACAAAACAAAAAAAAUAAUUUAGAUCGUUUUGGGUUUUUUUUUGUUUAUUUUUUUUAAACAAUGCUUAAGGUAGGUUUCAAUGCCUGGUAUCAGCGUUUUGUUUUCAUUGAAAGACAAAUCAAAAUUUCUUACUUUUUAAAAAUAAGGAUGGUGACCACUGUACGUCUACUUUGUGAAAGGAACUGUGGCACUUUAGGACCUCCGCUGUACCAUGGAGGUGGCCAACACUAACAGACUCCCCUGUAAAUGAUCCUGCCCAACUAUAUCAUUUGCUUUUUUUUUUAAACAUAUUGCUGAAAAUGUCCCCCCUUUUUUUAUUAGCUUAUCAAAUCCAUUAAUCAUGCCAUAUAUUAGUUAACUUAUGCAAAGUAGUGGCUUCUGGGUCUCGGCCUCAACACUAAAAUUGUCGAUCGCUUUGCCUGGCUUAGAGCAAAUCAACAAGCCCCUUUCUCUGGCUGUAGCCGGCUAACGCUAAAGGCCAGUGUCAUAACCUUUAUGACCUCACUUCCUUAGUCACGGAACACAUACCCUAAUAUCCUACAGGAUGCUGAACAUACUCAAAUGCCCGUCAGACCCGGUGGCCUGUUCACCCACAUAGAGCCUGGACUCUCUCUCUCUCUCCCUCUCCCUCUCCCUCUCUCUUUCUCAGAUGAUAAACGCCUUCUUGUACCAAACAACCUUUUUUUUUUCUUUUUUUUUUUUCUUAGUCGGAGAGAUCUGUGGCCAACCCAGGGUUAGUUUAGCUUUGUGUUUAGCUCUUAAUGGAUACGGUGAGUGCACAAGGCAGGCCCCAACUGAUUCGGGAUCAGGUUUAAUCCACAUAACUACCAACUCUGGUCCAAAUCCAGCUCUGAUUUCUGGUGCGGUUCUGGCCCUAAUCUGGUGCUGAUAUGGCCCUAAUCUGGUGCUGAUAUGGCCCUCACCCGGUAUGUAUCUGGCCGUGAACCAGGUGCGGCGGCGGCGGUCUGGUGAAGAGUCCCCAGAUCGUGGCCCUUGCCUGGUCACAGUGAGCUGCCACUGGGAGAGGGUUCAGGAAGCUUGCUAAUGGCAGAGCCUAGGAUAGCUGAGAUAGUGCGAGUCUCUCACUAUUAUUAAAGGAUGACCGUAACACUUCAGGCCUUUCGUAGAAGCUGAGUUCACUUCUAUUCUAAGGUGCUUCUGUUUUGAACACGGAAAACUGUUGGCUGCAGUGGGCCCUUUACUCCCCCUGGUGGCCAAAAAAAGGCUAAAAACCUGCAGCUGGAAAUUCAUGGGCAUUUGUGUUUGGGGGGAAAAUAGCCAAAACUGAAUUCUUUGGAGAUUUCCUUUUUUCCUCCCUUAAAUUUGCCUGAAUUGAAAGCCUCACUUUUUAGAGAGUAAUAGGGCCGAUCAGUCUCCUCACUCUUUCUCAUCCAACUGUGAAAACAUCGGCCUUGAUGAUGUGUGUUGUACUAAGAUAUUUUUGUAGAAAGCGUACCAUGUUGCCAACAUUGUGAGCUUAAAGGUAGCAUCCACUCCCAAAGAAGAGUGCCACGAACACAGAAGGUUCCUGUUAGGGAGAACUCUUUGGGAAUGCAUGCCAUCAACAAACUGCAACAAAUUUAACAGAGGGGGAAGAACUAGUUCCUGUUCCUGUUUCUCUGAAUGUGUCUGUGCAAAUGAUUGGACUGUGACUGCGUCAUUCUAACGGAUGUUUUGUCGUGCUUUGGUUUGGGAGACAUGCUGAGGUGGUCAAGUUUAGUGUACUCUGCCUUGUAGACAUGCAACAUUGUCAUUGUACUCUUUUAGAAUUGAUUGAUUGAUUGUUUGAUUGAUUGAGUCUGGUGCUUGACUUGAAGCUUCAUGACAAUUUAUGUUUUCUUUUUUUUUUUGCUUUCUCUCUGUCUUUCUCCCCUAACUAGCUAUUAAAAGAGGAAAAAGAUGUCAAAAAACAUGUUGCCAAAUAAACACUUUUCUUUCUUUGUA